UGAAGCUUCGUGUGGAGCGACAGACCAGGCAGCUUCCACACAGCGUUACGCAACCGAUGAAAAGAUAAUUCCGUUCGACUGAUUCGGAGUGAGACCUCUGCUGUUAAACCGGAGCCGGUCAUGAGCACACUGCCCAGGAAUGGGAAACUGUCCACUAUCUGCACAACUGCCCCCAUCACCGAUUGGGAGUUGUGGGGGUGGAGUGUCUGAUGAUACAAAAUACCCAGGCAGAUGCUUAGUUUUGGUGGGGUUGAUGGUAAGGCCCCACCUCUUGGUGGCAAGCUCCAGGUUCAGCAGCAGCGCCUCCAACUCCUCCUCUGAGUGAGCAACAAUCACCAGAUCAUCAGCAUACGUAACGUGGUUGACCAAUAGGGAGUCAUCACUGGACCGCACCUGGGCAUUGAUCAGCCUCCCAUUAUAUCUGUACCAGAUGGAAAUUACUCCGGUACAGCCAUCGAAGGCUUCAUGAACUACUUGGUCGAAAUAGAUGUUAAAUGUGGGAGCCAGAGGACAUCCCUGUCACACCCCAAGGUGUACAGGGAAAGGCUUCGACUCCCGGCCACGUAGUUUUACCCGGGCCCGCUCACCAUCAUGAAGGUCCUUAAUGAUCGUGAGCAGAGGGUCAGGGACUCUAAACGCAUGAAGAACAACCCAGAGCCCAGGCCUACUGAUGGUAUCAUAGGCCUUGACCAGGUCAAGAAAGCAGAGAUGGUCUUGUUGCAAUUCCCUACACCUCUGCUUUAGCAGACGGACAGAAAAUGGCAUCUGUAUGGGACCACCCUUUUCUGAAACCGCAUUGGGGCUCUGCAAGCCUCUCCUCAGCGUGCCUAGCAAGGUGAUGUUGAAUAAUCCUUGCCAGGACCUUUCCCGGCACACUGAGGAGUGCGAUGCCCCUGUAGUUGUUACAGUCUGUACGGUCCCCCUUCUUAAAGAGGGGGACCACCAGGGCAUCCUUAUAAUCCUGCGGAACCCGCCCAGUGGUCCCGACUGUUGUUAUGAUAUCAUGUUGGGCAGUCUGUGCACAAACGCCACCCUCCCUCAGCAUUUCGCUUGGGAGAUCAUGUCUGCCUGGUGCCUUUUUCUGGUCUCAGACUCUGGAUUGCCUUCAGUACUUCCUCCACAGAUGGCACCUCAGGGGGUGACUUCUUCCAAUAUUUGAGGCACCGCAGCCUCAGCAGGGUUAUCCCCACUGUCCCACGUUUUUCAGGCCGAGGGAUUUCCCCUCCCCCCCCAGGACCUCAGAAAUGCUCAGCAAAUCUGCAAACCUGUUCCUGGGGGUCAGAGAUUGGAUCACCGUUUUUUCCCCUAAUGAUGGUAAUAGGUGUGGCGCUGCAGGUUACUUUUUUGAUGGAGUUAAAUAGUGAUUUGUGAUCGCGGGCCACUGAGGCAGACUCCAUCUCCUCAGCAACCCGCGACCACCACCCAUCAUUGCAGCGCCUCACGGCUCUCCGAACCUCCGAGCGAAGGCUGCGGUAAGCCUCCUCAUUCUCUGAUGCUGUAGACGAUGAGAGUGGGCCUGUCGCUUUUUCUCAGCCAGCCUGAACACCACCUCUGUCAGCCAGGGUCUCUGGGGAGGUCUGGACCGUGUAACCCAAGCAGCCAUUGCAGCUGCAUGAGCCACAGUCCUAAACCUCGCCCAUUUCCCCUCAACAUCAGGAGUAGGAGAUGAUGCUAACCCCAGCCGCAAGCGAUGCAAUUCUCGCUUGCAACUUCCAUCAGCUGAGACCAGGCCACUCAGGGUUUGAAUGGGGUCCUGGGUGUACACCCACCACCGGAGUGGAAGAAUGGCAGGCGCAUCUUACAGAUGACUAGUCGAUGGUCAGUUGGCAGAUCAGCUCCACGGUAGGUCCUGGUGUCAAGGACAUGGGCUCGCAUCCGCUGAACCGUCAAAAUUUCAUCAGCUGAGACCAGGCCACUAAGAGUUUGAAUGGGGUCCUGGAUGUACACCCACCACCAGAAUGGAAUGGCAGGCGCAUCUUACAGAUGACAAGUCGAUGGUCAGUGGGCAGAUCAGCUCCACGGUAGGUCCUGGUGUCAAGGACAUGGGCUCGCAUCCGCUGUUCCGUCAAACUUUCAUCAGCUGAGACCAGGCCACUCAGGGUUUGAAUGGGGUCCUGGGUGUACACCCACCACCGGAGUGGAAGAAUGGCAGGCGCAUCUUACAGAUGACCAGUCGAUGGUCCGUGGGCAGAUCAGCUCCACGGUAGAUCCUGGUGUCAAGGACAUGGGCUCGCAUCCGCUGAACCGUCAAACUUUCAUCAGCUGAGACCAGGCCACUCAGGGUUUGAAUGGGGUCCUGGGUGUACACCCACCACAGGAGUGGAAGAAUGGCAGGCGCAUCUUACAGAUGACUAGUCGAUGGUCAGUGGGCAGAUCAGCUCCACGGUAGGUCCUGGUGUCAAGGACAUGGGCUCGCAUCCGCUGAACCGUCAAACUUUCAUCAGCUGAGACCAGGCCACUAAGGGUUUGAAUGGGGUCCUGGGUGUGCACCCACCACCGGAGUGGAAGAAUGUCAGGCGCAUCUUACGGAUGACUAGUCGAUGGUCCUUGGGCAGAUCAGCUCCACGGUAGGUCCUGGUGUCAAGGACAUGGGCUCGCAUCCGCUGAACUGUCAAAAUUUCAUCAGCUGAGACCAGGCCACUCAGGGUUUGAAUGGGGUCCUGGGUGUACACCCACCACAGGAGUGGAAGAAUGGCAGGCGCAUCUUACAGAUGACCAGUCGAUGGUCAGUGGGCAGAUCAGCUCCACGGUAGGUCCUGGUGUCAAGGACAUGGGCCCGCCCUCCGCUGUUCCGUCAAACCGACACACACGGGUUGGAUAUGCGACGUCCUAACCAAAGAUUCACUGCUGUUCACUAACUCGGGAGCUUUUGUGAUGUUGAUAUUUUAUAACCGAUGGUGAUAAUACGAAUAAAAUUAAUAUACUGCAGAUUUUUUUUAUAUUAAACAAUUUUUAUUUUAUUUCGGCCCGUUCUUGUUUAGACGAGGCCAUUGCCUGUACCUCUUGAGCAUCGUUUUAUUUUAUUUUUUAAAUCCUUUAUAUUAAGUUCGCUUGCUUGCUUGCGACCGUGCAAAUCUUUCGGUCGUUUUUUAACCCACUUCCCGUGAUCCAAUCGAGCUGACAUUUUGCACACAGACUCGUUGUGCGAGACAAUUAAUGUUAGUGAAAAUUUUUUUCCAAAAUUUUACACUUUUUAGGCAAAACAUUUUUUAUUUUACAUUUAUUCAAAUAGAACUCAUUCAUGGCUUUGGCUGAACGUCACAGUGUAAGAGCCCAGAGCGUAACCCCUCCACAGGCCGUGGCGGAGUAGCGCAGUGGGUAGCGCCCUCGCUUCCCAUGCCAAAGGUCGCGGGAUCGAUCCCCGCGUCCUCCACAGGCGAAUAUAUUUUUAAAUCCUUUAUUAAAUCCUUUAUAUUAAGUUCGCUUGCUUGCUUAGGACCGUGCAAAUCUUUCGGUCGUUUUUUUACCCACUUCCCGUGAUCCAAUCGAGCUGACAUUUUCCACACAGACUCGUUGUGCGUGACAAUUAAUUUACACUUUUUAGGACAAAAAUAUUAUAUUUAAUUACCAAUUGCUUAAUGGUGCAAUGCAAUCAUCUGACCCAUAGGUGGCAGCCAUCUCAAGCCAGAGGACGAGAGGACUCUAGCCGCCACGCAUAUAAAGGAUUUAUAGUGAAAAACUUUGUUUUUACGGGUUACACUUGUUAUGCGCUCGUCCUGCGGAGAGAGAUGUCCUCCGAUAUGAAAGGUGCCUUAUACGAUGCUGCCGAGGUGAUAACGAGUCUUGUUAGUACAUCUUGCGAGCUGUUGCAAUGUCCGUGGGGGAUGGGAUAUAAAUAUCUUUGAUAUGCCUCAUCGGAUUCCUGCAGUGAUGAAUUAAUGUGACCAACUUGGAGACACUCACACGGACUCGCACAGACUCACUCACUCACAGAUGCAGAGACUCAGAGAGACCCACAGACUCACACAGAGAGCCACAGACUCUCAGAGACCCACAGACUCAGAUAUCCAGACUCGCACAGAGACCCACAGACUCGCACAGAGAUCCACAGACUCGCACAGAGACUCACACAGAGACCCACAGACUCGCACAGAGAUCUACAGACUUACACAGAGACCGACAGACUCACACAGAGAUCCAAAGACACACACAGAGACUUACAGAGACCCACAGACUCACACAGAUCCAAAGACUCACACAGAGACCCACAGACUCACACAGAGACCCACAGACUCACACAGAGAUCCAGAGACUCGGAGAGACCCAGAGACUCACAGAGACCCACAGAGACUCGCACAGAGACCGACAGACUCACCCAGAGACUUGCACAGAGACCUACAGACUCACACAGAGAUCCAAAGACACACACAGAGACUUACAGAGACCCACAGACUCACACAGAUCCAAAGACUCACACAGAGACCCACAGACUCACACAGAGACCCACAGACUCACAGAGACCGACAGACUCACCCAGAGACUUGCACAGAGACCCACAGACUCACACAGAGAUCCAAAGACACACAGAGACCCACAGACUCGCACAGAUCCAAAGACUUGCACAGAGACCCACAGACUCACACAGAGACCCACAGACUCACAGAGACCGACAGACUCACCCAGAGACUUGCACAGAGACCCACAGACUCACACAGAGACCCAAAGACUCACAGAGACCGACAGACUCACCCAGAGACUUGCACAGAGACCCAAAGACUCACAGAGACCCACAGACUCACACAGAUCCAAAGACUCGCACAGAGACCCACAGACUCACACAGACUCACACGGACACAGACUCCCACCCACCCACACACAGUUCGGAUAUGCGACGUCCUAACCAAAGAUUCACUGCUGUUGACUGACUCUGGGAUUUGUGUGAUGUUGAUAUUUCAUAACCGACGGUGAUAAUAAAUAUACUGCCGAUUUUUGUUUAAAUAUUAAAAAAAUAUAAAUUCAA